AUGGCAAUCGAUGGAAGGUUCAGUGUCCAAUCUGCGCUGGAGAGGCUCCUUGCUCGUUGCCCAGAGCUCAAACGAAUUAAGAAGAUUGAUAAUCUUGUUAAAAAGUCUGUUAAGUUAUUGGCAUUGGAAUUUGUGUGUGUGCAGGGGGACGUAGGGAUAGAAGAAGUGGUUAAUUUGGCGGCAGAACUGUUUGUGAACCCAAAAUAUACAAUUCUAUUGGUUGGCUGUUUCCGAGCAAUAUCUCAAAAAAUCAUAGAGAAAGUGGUGUGGUUACUUGGCCAAUGCAAUCUGACCGGCAACACUAAUGAAGAAGUAGGAAGUUUCAGUGACGCAGAAGCGUUUGUUGUUGAGCAUUGCGUACGGAAUGGCAUGGGUUUGUAUCUUCAUGAGCUUGCUUGCUUGGCCUUCGCUCGUGCUCUUGACUUGGACCAGUCCUUGUGGAGGUCUGUAUCUCCGUAUUUUAAAUUCUCUCCUCCGCCCUUUGAAAGGAUCUUGAGGAAAAGGGUGGUUUCUGAGAUCUCGAAGCUUGCAGAGCAUUACUUACUUGUAGCCCGGACGUCUUAUCGUCUCCUUCUUAUGGAGCCAGAGUGUUUUUCCAAACUAUGGGACUGGUCUUGUUUUUUGGAUCUUCUGAAGGAGACUCAGUGUCUUGAUAUGAGCCUUCUCAGAGAGCACGAGAGGGAACUUUCAGAUAUUGGAUGGUCUGGGGAACAAAUUCUAGCAGUUCUGUUGAAACUGAAUGGGCCAAAGACCGAAAAGGCAGAAGAAGCAGCAUCGUGUCUGUUGCGGUGGGAGGACUUUUGUCGGGAUGUCGCUUUAGAGAAGGGUGGUUCAUACUUUGAGCUAUUUGACAAUACCAAGGAAUAUUCUUCCAAUCAUUUUAGCGAGCAGGACUGCCUAGAAUCUAUUAGCCUUGGUCCAGUGAAGUCAUCGCCGCUUCAGGAAAUUGAGCCUGCAGUAAAAAGUCGAAGGUUAACUAGAUGCAGUGAAUCGGUUCGCAAUCCUUUUGUCGUCACAUCGGCGAUGCGAAGAAGCUUUGAGAUGGUUCUUUUAGCUGUUAGUCAAAGGUGGCCUGUUCUUCUUUAUGGUCAACCUGGGGUCGGGAAAACAGGUCUGAUAAGCAAGUUGGCUGAAGAUACCGGAAACCAAGUGUACCUGCAGCUUAAGGAAAUUCCUUUAAGGCAUCUUGGGGUCCGAUUGUAUUUCUGUCUAUUCAUAUGGAUGAUCAAAUUGAUGGCAAAACAUUGCUUGGGAGUUAUGUUUGUACCGAGAAACCUGGUGAAUUUAGGUGGCAACAUGGAACACUUAUCCAGUAUGGGCUAUCUUCCAUUCACCGUGACCGAGACAGUUCUCUUUCCACAGGCUGUUCUGGGUGGGUAUUGGGUUGUAUUUGAGGAUAUCGACAAAGCCCCAGCUGAUGUGCAAUCUAUCUUGUUGCCUCUAUUGGAAGGUGCAAGUUCUUUUGUCACUGGUCAUGGAGAGGAAAUACACGUGUCAGCAAAUUUUAGAUUAUUCUCUACCAUUUCUACAUCUAAGAGUGAUGUAUCUCGAUCAGCCGAAGGGGGGAAUGUGCUUAGCGUUUUUUGGAGAAGGGUGAUGAUUGACCCCCCAAAUACAGAUGACUUGAAAAACAUACUGAAUGUGUGGUAUCCAGUUUUAGAGCCUCUAUCUGGAAAGAUCUUGCAAACAUUUGAGCGAGUCAACUCUGCCACUGUCCUUCAAUCUUGUGGUUUUCUAUCCAGAAAUUCUGCUUCCUCCAGUUCCCUUUCCAGGUUCUCAACAAGGGAUCUACUCAAGUGGUGCAAACGAAUUUCAGGGUUAAUUUCUAACUUUAAUGGAGAUAGGUCAACUGAGUGGCACUUUAUUUACCUAGAGGCUGUAGACAUAUUUGCAGCCUUUUCAGCGUCUGUCGAGAAGCGGCUUGCUGUGAUGAAAGAAAUAGCUGAUGUGUGGGGAGUUCCCCACUCUGAAGUUGCCAUAUUCCAUCCUUUCAGACCUGAGAUUCAGGUUCUUUCUACGGAGCUAAGGGUUGGUCGAGUUACCCUUGAACAACACAAUACUACGGAUCGCUUUCAUGGAAAACUUGUCGCGAUGCGUAGUUCUCUGUAUGUACUUGAGAGGAUAACUUGUUCUGUUAAGAACAAUGAGUCUGUUCUUUUGGUUGGUGAAACUGGAACAGGGAAAACUACUCUUGUGCAAAAUCUGGCCAUGAUGCUUGGUCAGAAACUGACUGUUGUGAACUUGAGUCAGCAAAGUGACGUUGCUGAUUUACUAGGAGGAUUUAGGCCCAUGGAUCCACAGUCUAUUUGUGUUCCCCUCUACAAGGAGUUUGAGAACCUGUUUUCCAGGACCUUUUCUGUGAAGGAAAAUGGUCAAAUCUUUGCCUAUUUACAAAAGAUCCUGAGCCAAAAGAAUUGGGGAAAGUUAUUGAGUCGGUUGAAGAAGUACGUUGAGGAUGUCUAUAAAAAGGUACCAAUAGAAAGCUUUGGGUCUGGGAAGAAGCGAAAGCAACAUUCAGACAGAGAAAUAAUUCGCGAGGACUGGGAUAGUUUUGCUAAGAAAAUUGCAACUGCUUACGGGCAAGUGGGAGAUUCAUCUGGUAUGAUAUUUUCUUUCAUAGAAGGAGCCUUCGUCAAUGCUCUUAGAAAUGGGGAGUGGAUUUUGCUCGAUGAGGUGAAUUUAGCACCCCCUGAGACUUUGCAGAGAGUCAUUGGUGUUCUAGAGGGAGAAUACGGUUCACUGUGUUUGGCUGAAAAAGGAGACAUUGCAGAUAUACCUCGUCACACCAACUUUCGCAUGUUUGCCUGUAUGAAUCCUGCAACUGAUGCCGGGAAGAGGGACUUGCCAUACUCUCUGAGGAGUAGAUUUACAGAGUACUUCGUUGAUGAUGUGUUGGACCGAGAAGACCUGAAAUUAUUUAUAAACAAAUAUCUGGUGGAAAGAGAAGCAAAUAGUGAGUUAGAAAGCCGGAUCAUUGAUUUCUAUGGAUCUGCCAAAACGAACUCAGAGGAUAGGCUGCAGGAUGGUGCCAACCAAAAGCCUCAAUACAGUUUGCGGUCGUUGUACCGAGCACUGGAAUAUACCAGAGAAGCAAGCAAACAGUUUGGCUUUCAGAAAGCUUUGUAUGAUGGAUUUUCUAUGUUCUUCCUGACUUUAUUGGACCAACCCAGUGCUGAAAUCAUGGAAAAAUUGCUCACUAGGAAGUUGCUUGGUGGAAAGAAACCUUUAGAUGUACCUUUUUGCUCGUACUUAAAUGACUUGCAUUCUGCAGAAUCCAUGGCAAAUUAUGUGCUCACAAAGGGUGUUGAGAAGCAGCUUGAGAAUUUAGCACGUGCAGUUUUUAUUAAAAGAUACCCUGUCCUCUUACAAGGGCCAACAUCUAGUGGAAAGACGAGCCUUGUUCAGUAUCUUGCCACCAGAACAGGGCAUAAAUUUGUGCGCAUAAAUAACCAUGAGCAUACAGAUUUACAGGAAUAUUUAGGGUCUUACAUAUCUGAUGCUCAUGGAAAGCUCGUUUUUCAUGAAGGCGUAUUGGUUAAGGCAGUCCGGGAAGGUCAUUGGAUUGUUUUGGAUGAGCUUAACCUCGCCCCAUCUGAUGUACUGGAGGCGUUGAACCGUCUGCUAGAUGAUAACAGGGAACUUUUUGUUCCUGAAUUGCGGGAGACAAUUAGGGCACAUCCAAAUUUCAUGCUUUUUGCCACUCAGAAUCCGCCUACUUUCUAUGGUGGCCGUAAAAUGCUUUCUCGUGCUUUUCGUAAUCGUUUUGUGGAGGUUCAUGUGGAUGAAAUCCCAGAUCACGAGAUGAGCACAAUUAUUGAGAAGCGGUGCUGUGUCCCUGGGAGCCGUGCUGGACUCAUGGUUGAGGUCAUGAAGGAGCUGCAGAUGCGCAGGCAGAGUAGCAAGGUCUUUGCUGGGAAGCAUGGAUUUAUAACUCCAAGAGAUUUGUUUCGCUGGGCUAGUCGCUUGCGAACGUUUUCAGAUUCUAAGGAAGUAAUGGCAGAGCAUGGUUAUUACCUUUUGGCGGACAGGUUGCGUAAUGAGGCCGAGAGGGUUGUGGUUCGGGAAGUACUGAAGAAAGUUAUUAAAAUUGAAAUUCAUGAAGAGAACUUGUACAAGGGAUCAGCGGGAAGUCAUUCAAAUUCAGGCUUCCAGAGUCUAGGAGAUGUCAUCUUGACUGCAAGCAUGAGGAGAUUGUUUUUUCUUGUUGACUGCUGCUACAAGUUGCGAGAGCCUGUCCUGCUAGUUGGUGAAACUGGUGGUGGAAAGACAACUGUCUGUCAGCUACUAAGUCGUACUCUGGGGUCAAAAUUGCAUAUCUUGAACUGUCACCAAUACACGGAAACUUCUGAUUUCCUUGGGGGUUUUUUCCCCAUUCGAGAGAGGUCAAGGUUGGCUGCAGAUUUCAAGGAUACAGUAGAAAAAUUGCUGAUGACAGAGGCUUUCGCUCAUUGCCCUAAAGACUUGGGCAUUUCUUCCGACAUUCGCCAAGGGUCUUCAAGCAUUGCUUCUGUUGAUGAGAUAAUCCGUAACUAUAGACAAGGCCAGUUCUCAGUCACUAACGUUACUGCUGAAGACCUUGAUACCCUCGAGGGGAUGAAAUGGGAUCUCAGUGAGCUGCAUAAAAAAUGGCAGACUAUAUUUAUGUGGCAAGAUGGUCCCCUUGUUGAGGCAAUGAAGGCAGGAGAUCUGUUUCUUAUUGAUGAAAUAUCAUUGGCAGAUGACAGUGUACUGGAAAGAUUGAAUAGUGUGCUAGAGCCAGAAAGAGAACUGUCACUGGCAGAGAAGGGAGGGUCUGAAAUGGAAAAAAUUACUGCUCAUCCCAACUUUUUUGUGCUUGCUACUAUGAAUCCUGGUGGUGACUAUGGUAAGAAAGAGUUAUCUCCAGCUCUUCGAAACAGGUUUACAGAGAUUUGGGUCCCUCCUGUUGGUGAUUUGCAUGAACUUAAAGACAUUGCAUUGAACAGAUUCAACCACCUCGACCUCACAUACAUUCUGGAUGUUAUCGUAAAGUUCUGGGAUUGGUUCAACAAGUUACAGACAGGGAGAAUACUUACUGUACGGGAUCUUUUAUCCUGGGUUGAAUUCAUUAAUGUUACUAGAAGAAGUCUGGGACCACAAUAUGCGUUAGUACACGGGCUUUUCCUUGUUCUGCUUGAUGGUUUACGUCUAGGAACAGGGAUUUCUUUACCUGAUGCCAGAGUCUUAAGAGAGAGAUGUAUAUCCUUUAUCCAAGAACAACCCGAGCUCCGUGGUGUUCCAAAUUUGUCUCUUAUGGAUUAUGGAUGGAGUGAUCAAAUGGACAUUUCAUGCAUUGAAGAUAAUCAGCCUGAAAAUACAUUUGGGAUCAGUCCGUUUUAUAUUGAACAAGGUGACCAGUGCUGUGAGUCUCAAGGUUUUGAAUUCCUAGCUCCUACAACACGUAGAAAUGCCAUGCGCGUAUUGAGGGCUAUGCAACUUCCAAAGCCCGUUCUACUGGAAGGUAGCCCUGGUGUUGGUAAAACAAGCUUGAUUACUGCGUUGGGAAAAUAUUCUGGGCAUAAAGUUGUACGCAUAAACUUAUCUGAGCAGACUGACCUCAUGGACCUAUUGGGUUCUGACUUGCCUGUUGAGAGUGAUGAUGGGAUGAAAUUUGCAUGGUCUGAUGGAAUCUUGUUACAGGCAUUGAAGGAUGGUUCUUGGGUUCUGCUGGACGAGCUCAAUUUGGCUCCGCAGUCUGUCCUAGAGGGCUUGAAUGCUAUCCUUGAUCAUCGUGCUGAGGUGUUCAUUCCAGAGCUUGGACUUACCUUCAAGUGUCCACCAUCGUUUAAAGUUUUCGCAUGUCAGAACCCUUUCUACCAAGGAGGUGGCAGAAAAGGCCUUCCGAGGUCCUUUUUGAAUCGAUUCACUAAGGUGUAUAUAGACGAGCUAGUUGAAGCUGACUACCAUUACAUCUGUAGUUCACUGUAUCCUUCCAUUCCUGGACCUUUGCUUUCAAAGUUAAUCACUUUCAACAGAAGGUUGCAUGAGGACACCAUGUUACAUCACAAGUUUGGACAGGAUGGUUCCCCUUGGGAGUUCAACCUGCGUGAUGUACUUCGUUCAUGCCAGAUAAUUGAAGGUGCCUCAGAGAAGUCAAAAGUUGAUUGCUUUGUCAACAUCGUCUAUGUGCAGAGAAUGCGUACAGCAGCUGACCGUAUUGAGGUCCAAAGGCUGUACGAAGAGGUUUUUGGAGUUAAGCCAUCCAUCAAUCCUUACCCAAGAGUGCAGCUGAGUCCAGAACAUGUUAGAGUUGGUUACACAGUCAUUCAAAGGAACGGCUGUUCUGCCUUAAAAUCCCCAAACAGUGAGCUGAAACUUUUACCUAGCAUUCGUCAUUGCAUGGAAGCUGUUGUUAGCUGUGUUAAGCAUCAGUGGUUGUGCAUCUUGAUUGGUCCGCCAUCCUCUGGGAAGACAUCCUUGAUUAGGCUACUUGGUCAGCUGAGUGGCAACAAGCUGAAUGAAUUGAAUUUGUCAACUGCUACUGAUAUUUCUGAGCUACUUGGAUCCUUUGAGCAAUACAAUGCUUUCCGCAAUCUAAGACUGGUGUUUGCUCAAGUUGAGCAUUAUGUUACUGAGUACUGCAGUUUGAAGCUGGAUGAGCCGAAGACCGAGUUCAUCACCAGGAGAAGUGAGAUAAUGGCCAAAUGGCUUACUCUCUCAUCGAGCAUGGAUUUUGUGUCCUUGUCAACUUCCACCUUCAUGUGUAUCGAGAACUGGGAUAGCAUUGCUAAAUCGUUGAACAUGGUGAUUGAGAUUGUUGCAUUGUUAAUGUUGGAUUUAACAAACAAUCUCCUGCCUGUUUCUUGGACAUCCAAAGAACUAGACAAAAUUCUGAAGUCGAUUUCAAAGUUUCAAGAACAUCAUCAUGGGAAGCCCUCUGCCAAGUUCGAGUGGGUUACGGGAUUGCUUGUGAAGGCAAUAGAGAACGGGGAAUGGGUUGUUUUGGAGAAUGCAAACCUUUGUAAUCCGACGGUACUUGACAGAAUCAAUUCUUUGGUGGAGCCAAGUGGGUCUAUAACUGUCAAUGAGUGUGGACUUGUUGAUGGAAGCCCUCUCAUUCUUCGCCCGCACCCCAAUUUUCGGAUAUUUCUCACUGUUAAUCCGACCAGUGGUGAAGUAUCCCGGGCAAUGCGAAAUAGAGGCGUUGAAAUAUAUAUGAUGCAGCCAUAUUGGCUGCUUGAUGAGGCAGAGGGAUAUAAUCAUGCCGAGUAUGAACUAAAGGAUGUUGAGCGACAUCUUGUUCUAUCUGGUAUUCCUGGUGUCAGAUUGGUUGAAUCAAUGGCUAAAGCUCAUGUUUAUGCUAGAAGGCAAGCUUUGACCCAUGGUCUGGAAAUUUCUUAUCUUGAGCUUGCACGCUGGGUUCAGCUGUACCAGAAGCUUCUCACAAGUGGAAACCAUAAUUUGUGGAGUCUCCAGAUCAGUUGGGAACACACAUAUCUCUCAUCCCUUGGGGAGGCUGCGGGACGUGACAUUAUCAGCCAUGGGAAAGAUAUUUAUUUAUCAGAAUCGGUACUGAAGUAUGUUUUCUCUCUUCACUCUUCUCUGCAAUUACCUGGUGGUUGGCCGGCACCUUUGAGAACCUUGGAUUUUGUUUUGCACUCUGAAAUGGCUACUGUUAAGCAGAACUGCAUGUAUUUGGAGACUCUGAUCUUGCAAUAUGUAGGCUGGUCCUCACAUAGGCAUCCGAUGAAAAGUCUUUUAACUCUGCCAAGUAGUGAUGUGGCCUUCCUGAUGAAUGAGCAGCUGAUUUGUAAACUUAUGUUUCCUGAGACUCCUGAGCAGAUGAUUCCCAAGUCCUAUGUUGACAAACUGGUUGAUGUAAAGAUGAAGAGACAAGUUUAUUAUGCUGCCAACUGGACUCUUGAACAGGCUACCUUGAAGGAUUACAAGCUGUAUCUUCUGCACCUUAGCUGGCUUAGCUCUAAAGUGAAACCUUUUAGCCUGUUCAUUAGUUCAUUACUGGAGUUACUUGAGAAGGAAUUCAAACAUCCUAUUUGGGAGUGCAUUUUCAAUUCUCACCGCAGACUAGCCACUCAUCGUAACAGAGAUCUGUCUUUACAAUCAAAACCAUUGCUUUCUCUCGAUUUUUCUGAUGUUUCUGCAUCAGAUGGUGGGUUGAAUGAACAUGUUCUGCAUAGUGCUGUUAACUUGACAGGUCUCCUGAGGCAGUCACACCAGCAGUGGGAUUCGCAGAACAGACAUCUGUUUGUUAAUGAAGCUCAUUGUUUCAAACCAGUUCUUGAGUCUCUUCAACAGCUAGAAGAAGAAGUGCUUGAGAGACUUGUUGAAUCUGAAUUCUAUGAACUACUGCGAACAUUGUAUUCAGACCUUAUUGAUCACCAUGUUGCAUUUUGGGAGGCUUUUAUGUCUUCAAAGGUUGAGGAAUUGUUGAUCUCCUGGCAAUGGCUAGUGAAGGAUAUAUGCAACUUGCGAAAUUUCUUCCCUAGGAUAGCAGAAAAUGUUUUGCUGAUUGCUAGCAGGAAUCUUGAUAGGUCUUUCCAUCAGCGGUCAGAGCAGUCUCUGUUAUGGGUUAAUGGGGGUCAUCCCAUUUUACCAUCUUCAGCUACUUUGUAUGACAAACAACAAAAGCUGUUCGAUCUCUGUCAAACCAUUUGGCCCACAAAUAUAAAUCCAUUCCAGCGUGAAAACGACCAUCUUGUUGAAGUAUUAGCUUCUACGAUUGCUGAGCUUCGUUCCCUUGGUCUGCAAGGCAUAUGCAUGUCUCUGUAUAUAGCAAACAAAAAUGAUGAGGACGGCACAGAUAUCGUUGGGCAGUUGGAUGAGAUGAAUCAGGUACUUCGCAAGCGGUACUUGUUUGAAAAGAGAAAGUUGGAGGUGAAAGUCCAGGCGAGUGAUAAUGCGACUGCUGACGGGAGUCCAACUUAUUGUUGUGUGAUUCGCCCUGAACUCUUGUGGCUGAAAACGGGUCUUGUUGGUUGGCAAGAGACAAUUCCCAUCGUUGACGCUGCAAGUUUUUUCCUUGACAUGGAGAUAUUGGAAAAGCUUUCACUUCUGAUUCUGAAUAAUCCCAGAGCAUUGCAACUGGAGUUGGCUUCAGUGACUUCACUGCUGGAGCAUGCCUUAAAAUACUCCAGGAUUUCGGGAAGACCUCCACAGAAUUUCAUACCACACCAGAAAAUACUGUGGAUGUUUGAUGCUUGGACAUCCGUACAUGAAGAGCAUAUUCUACCUAGGUGGUCUAUGCUCUUUCAGAGGGGCAAGGGUACUGUUAAGGAUUAUUUUGCACACUGCUUGAAGCUUGAAGCUGCUGUGUGUUAUCUAUGGCAAAGUCCCCAAAUAGGAUCUGGUGUUUCUGGAUUUCUGUUGUCUGCUGCAAGUUCUCUCUUCCAACAGAUCAUCCAUGCACAUGAGGAGACGUUUGAUUCUGAUACUUUUGCUGCAAUUGCGAGAAUGUUUUCCACUCUCCAGAAGAAUAUUGUAAAGCAAACUGACCUAGAACAGCUGAGCUCCCUUGUUAUGACAUCGAAACAUCGAAAAUUGACGUCCCUGCAUUUCCUGAUUGAAUCAGUGCUCAAAGAUCUCUAUAUUCAUCGUUCAUCAACUGUUGCAAACAUGAACGUUGGGUACACUUGGUUGAGGAUUGGGCUGUUGCGGUUCAGUCUCUUGAUCACUUCUGAUGACUUGGAUCCUAUGAUGGAAUAUUCAUACAAGUUUGCGCUGCUAGAAGAUAAGAUCUCAUCACUUGAAGUCGAAAUCAAGGUGCGACAAGAAUGUGACUACUUAUCAGGAUGGGCUCAGUCAAGAGAGGCUCAUGAAAACAGAAAGAGGGAAUUGGAAAAGCUUAAACUUGAGCAUAAAGUGCUUCAAAGCAAGAUUGUGUUCCGCAGCAAUCCCUUAAAAUUUAAGGCAUUUAGGAAAGAAUGCAAGGAUUUCAAUAAAUCUGUGAUGGCAGUGAUGGAUUUUACAAGCAAUAUUGAUUCUAGAGAGUCGGAACAAGUUAUUCUUCAAGUGUGCAACUGGCAGAAAACAGCAAAGUCUUUUAUUGAGCGGCUAUCAGAUGAAUAUAAAGAGUACAUCGACCUAGCUCAACCAGUUCAGGUGGCACUAUAUGAAAUUAAAUUGGGCCUGUCAUUAGUUUCUUCAGCUACCUUGAGUAAAGACUUACUGCGCAAGAUCAAUGAGGAUAAUCUGGAACUCCUUUUGGAUUCAAUUUAUUCAUUUCUGAAAUUUCCUCGAGGAGAUGGUCUGGAGUCAAUUUCUUCUAUUGAUCUCGGUAUUCCUACAAUUUCCUGGGACUUGAGAAUAGAUUUGCUGGAAAAACUUGCUUCCAUCUCAAGGGAUGCUGAUGGCGGGAGAGUGGUCUCUGUAUUGCAACGCAAAGCUGCAAUUUAUCAUAAUGUUCUUCUGCGUGUGGUACACCUCCUAGCCGUGAGCCAAAGGAUUGAUGAUGCUUCUUUCAAGAUGUUGGACAAAUUGUUCAGGGGCUUUGCUAUUAUGUGGAUGGAUAUGAAAGCUGAAGUCCAGGAUAAAGAAGGGCUCGAUGCUCAACAAUACAAGUUCAAGCCCCGUGCGUUUGAGAUCCAGAAUGUUAUUGAUGCUGAUGUGUCAAUGCUAGCAAAAUACUUCUCAAAUGAUAGCUUCUCGGAAUUAAAGGAGCUGCUUUCUGAAGAAGAUGAAUCUUCGGAAAAGAUACAUACUAGCGAGGACCAUGGAAGUUUGGAGGAAGAGUGGAACCUCAUGCAGGCGCCUGUCCUUGACAGCAUGAUCCAUUUCCAUAACCAACUAUUUGGAUCUGUUGACCUUAUUAGUUGUUUAGGGACUUUCCACAUAUCAGAUACGGAUAAAUGCACUUCAUUCAUCAACUCUUACGAUCUGGGAGCAAGCAUGAUUAGAGGCUUGGGAGGUUUGUUUAGUUCCUCCCUGGAUGCUAAACUUAUUCCAGAACACAUGUUUCGCCUUUGUUUGGAUCGUGAAAGCAAGUGCCCGUCCAUUCAUAGAACGUCUAGCAAGUACAAAUAUUACAAGGAUUCAAAUGCUCCUAAUCUAGCUAAAAUGGUGAAGCUGCUGAGUGCACUUCAAGAUAAAGUUGUUUCACUCCUAAAUCAGUGGGAGGACCACCCUGGUCUUCAAAAAAUAUUGGAUGCAGUUCAGUCACUGUUGGUUAUUCCUAUGGAAACACCGUUGGCCAAGGCUCUUUUAGGAUUACAACUACUUCUUCGUAGGGUUAUUGCUUUGCAGGAGAAUGGAUCAAAACUUUGUCUCUCUGAUGAACUGGAACCUUUAGUUGCUUUGGCACGCUCGUGGCAAAAGAUGGAAGUUGACUCAUGGGCUGUGUUGUUGGACGAGGUGCAGGAGCAGUAUGAUACUAAUGCUGCUAAGUUGUGGUUUGCCCUGUCUUCAAUUUUCCACCGGAGUCAUGCUGGUGAAGUUGCUGUAUACGAGCAAACAACAAUAGAAAGGCAGGCUUAUUUCGGUUGUAUUGUUAUAUAUUGCAGCAUCGAGAAUUUCGUCCAAACUUCGAGCCUUGGAGAACUCCAAAAGCGACUCCAGUUACUAUUGGCUUUCUAUGGCCAAAUUAGUGUUGGGAGGUGUCUAGAAGUAGACAGUUAUGCAAGCUUGUUCCAGGAGAGUAACAUGAAGAUCUUAUAUAAUGCCUUUGGAUACUAUGUUCAAUUCUUGCCAAGAAUAUUGGAGCACAUAGGUGCUAGUAGAAGAAAUAUCGAGAAGGAACUGAAAGAUCUCACCGGAUUAUGUAGAUGGGAGAAGACAGAGUUAAGCUUGUCUAUUGAACAAUCAAAAAGAGCGAGGCAGAAAGUGAAGAAGUUAAUACAGAAGUACACUGACAUCUUGCAACAACCUUUCAUGCUCUUUCUUACUCGAGAAGCGGAACAGAAAGCAAGUGCUGCUCAACCUGAGCUGAGUAUAAAUGAUCUCAAGGAGAGUUCGGAAAAGGGUUCUGUGACAUUAAAUACGAUAGCAGAUGAGAUAGAGUCCAGGAUUGAUCAUCGGCACACUUGGUUCAGUGAUUGGAGUCAGAAGGUUGAAGCUUCACUGCACUUACUUGUUAGCAUGUCUUCGGAAUAUAACCUUUCAAUGGAUGCAGAUACGUGCAGUGCUUCUUACCUUUCCGUAGAGGAAGAAUGGAAUGCUGUGAAUCGUACACUUGAGGAGAUAUGUUCUGCUACUUUUAAUUAUGAUGUCCUGUGGAAGGAUAUGGAAAGAACCGUAGGUAAAAGGCGGGCAUUCGAUGAUUUACUUAAGCUUCUAGAAUCCAGUGGGUUGGAUAAGCACAAAUUCGAGAAGGUCUCCUAUAAAUCGGAUUGGCUGUUUGUCCAGCCAUCAUUCGAUAUCAAACAUUUGCUGCUGACACAUAGUAGACUGCCUUCGAGAGAUUCUAAUCUUUCUUCCUCUAUGAUAUUGGAAAGUUCUCCCAAUGGAAGUUUGGAGAUUGAGUGGAAAGUAACAAAUGAGUUCUACUUUAAAGGCAUUGCAGCUGUGCAGCUCCUGCGGCAGAUAUGUCUGAAUCCUCAUCAAGAUAUCAUCCUGGAGAAGGAACUAUUGGAUGCUCUGAGCUCCAUGUUGAUAGAGGAAUCAUUAUUGCUUGAAACUCUGGAAACUGCUCACCUUCAAUCUUGUGAAGAAGUGAAGCCUGCAGCAAAUCAUGUGCUUCAGGUCUUGGACAAGUUCAUUCCACUGAUCAAGAAGUCCAAGGAAACACUAGACAAGUAUCUUUUGUCCCAUGGCGGGAUGGUGCAAAUCGUUGUGGAGGGAUCAUUGGAUAAAUAUAUUCUUGGUCAAGUUGGUCAUAUAUCUGAGGCUGGGCCUUUCUAUCCUUAUGUUGUAUCUGGACAAAUGACACAAUCUCUCUUCACAAAUUUCCAAGUCAUUAGAGAGUUUGAAAACCAUCUCCUUGAUCUCCGCAAGCAAGGUUUAAGUAAAACGGCAGUCAUAGAGACCUUGCUUUCUCACUUUAAUGGUGUCUUUGAGAAGGGGAAGUUGUUGGCUGAGGAGCUUGACCGCUCACUAAAGACUAGGGACGAUUCAGUGAACAUAUCUGAAGCGUCUACUUCUUCUGAGCUCAACACUUUCUGGCAGUCCUUCGAACGAACGCUACAGCUAGCCAACAGUGCGAUGACAAAGCAACAGUCUCUAAGCGAUGGACAUGUUAUUUCCGAAGAGUCUAUUGGGAGCAUUACAUCAUGGGAAUCUUUAUUUAGAUCAUCCGUGGAAAAUCUCAAUUUGCCAGAUCUAUGUAAAAGUCUUCUACAAACCAUUUGCAACAGCCAAAAUCUGCUUAGCCAAUCUGGUGGUACUUCUCGCUUGGGACGGUGUUUUGAGCAAUUACACACAAUUAUGGAUGUGGUCUUGAGUCUUGGUGACACGUUGCUUUCGGAUCUUGUGGGGAUGAACAGAACUGUGUCCAUAAUGACUCGGGAAUUGGCAGAUGUUCUCGCUUCAUUAUUCUCCAAAGGCUUCCGUACCCCUUCGAAGGAUGAGGUUGAUGAGAAUGGCGCUUCUCAAGAUGUUAGUGGAACUGGCUUGGGAGAAGGUACAGGACGUAAUGAUGUCAGUGAUGAGAUAACUGACGAGGACCAAUUGCUUGGAACGAAAGAAAAGGAGGAAGACCAAGAUGGCAGUGGUGAAGUUCCUAAUAAGAAUGAGAAAGGGAUAGAGAUGGAGGAGGACUUUGCUGCGGACACAUUUAGUGUCAGUGAAGACUCUGGAGAAGAAGAGGAGAACGACGACAACGAGGAAGAAAAGCUGGACUCUGCAGUUGGAGAUGCUGGACCGGACAGUGAGGCGGUCGAUGAGAAGCUUUGGGACAAUGAGGGAGACGAAAAUCCUGAGGACAAGAAGGAAAAGUACGAAGCUGGGUCAUCUGUCAAGGAUAAAGAUAUGAGCAAUAGAGAACUCAGAGGCAAGGAUGAUUCUACAGAUAUUCCAAACGAGGAAUCCAAAGAGCUGAAUGGUGAUGAUCUCAAUAACGAGAAAGAUGAUGAGGGUGAUGUGGAUGAAUCUGGUGAUGGGGAAGAGAAUGUGGAGGAUAUGAACUUGGAUAAGGAUGAAGCACAUGCUGAUCCUACUGGGCUUAACGUUGAUGAUGACGUGGAUCGACCUGACGAGGAGGAGAUGGAGGUAGAUGAGAACUCAAAUGAGACAAAAGACAUGAGUUCUGGUGAAGAAGAAGGUUCGGAGAAUGGCGAGGAGGAUAAAACAGAGAGUGGAGAUGACGAGACUAUGCAAGAUGCAGAUGCUGGACAGUCCGCUGGGGCUCCUGAAGAAAAGCUGGAGCAUGGUGCUGAUGCCGAAGACAACUCUGCUGAGAUGAAUGCACAGAGUAAGGACGAGCUUGUACCUGGAAUGCCGGACCUUAACGGCGAGCAAGCGCCCAAUGCAGAAUCCGCAACUCAACCGAAUGGGGAAGUUCAGGCAUCAGAUUCUAGGAGUGUGCCUACUGAGGCGAACGUUUACAGCUCUAAUGCCAAUGUUGCUCCAUUGAGGAACGUGCCUUCCGGUGCUAACUCAACAUGGAGAUCAUGGAGCAUUGGAGAUGCGUUUGAGAAAUGGAAGGAACGGGCGAAAGUGUCAACUGAUGAUAUAGCUUCAGAGGCUCCCCCUGUUGAGAUGGAGGAUAAGAAUGCCAACGAGUAUGCUUACGUGUCAGAGGCGGAGAGAGGGAUGGAACAAUCAUUAGGACCUGCGACUCCUGAUCAGGUUGAUGCCAACAUCUCGGGGAAUAAGCAGGAGGAUAGUUCUGCUGCAGGUCAAGAGGAGGAAGAUGGCACAAAUGAGACUGAAAUUGAUAGGAAUCUUAAACCUUCCUCGGCGGCUGUGUUGAAAGAUAAGAUGGAGCAGCAUUUGCAGGUUUCAGAGGUUGGAAAGUCGAAACAAGCAGAGGAAGAUGUUGAGAUGCCAGAUUAUAAUACGCACACCGAAGUGGGAAGUUCAUUGCAGAAUCUGGUCUCGGUCAGGAAUCCGGCAGCGCUGAGUGAUGGUGUCAGUCGUUUUGAUGAGCUGGCGAUUGGUGAUGACAGUGAGUUGGGGAAAGCGGUGGAUGGAGAUGCUGUGAAUUUAAAUAUCAGGGAAGGUACUGGUGAUGCGUGGAGGAGGUAUGAAUUGCGUACUACAAGGUUGUCUCAGGAGUUGGCUGAGCAGUUACGUCUUGUUCUGGAGCCCACGGUGGCCAGCAAGCUUCAAGGCGACUAUAAGACCGGGAAAACGAAUCAACAUGAAGAAGUUCAGGUGAUUCCAUAUAUUGCAAGCCACUACCGUAAAGACAAGAUUUGGCUGAGACGGACUAGACCUAACAAGCGUGAUUACCAAGUUGUUAUUGCGGUGGAUGACUCGCGUAGUAUGUCAGAGAGUCGCUGUGGGGAUGUUGCAGUUGAAGCUCUGGUUACAGUAUGCCGUGCCAUGUCUCAACUUGAAUUGGGCAACUUUGCUGUCUCAAGCUUUGGAAAGAAGGGGAACAUCAGGUUGCUGCACGACUUUGAAAGGCCAUUUACUGGAGAGGCAGGGCAAAAAAUAAUUUCCAGUUUGACGUUUAGCCAAGAGAAUACCAUCAUCGAUGAACCAGUUGUGGAUCUGUUGAAGUACCUAAGCAACUUGCUAGACACUGCAGUUGCGAGGGCUAGGCUUCCUUCUGGACAAAACCCACUGGAGCAGCUUGUCUUGAUUAUUGCAGAUGGUCGGUUUCAUGAAAAGGAGAAAUUGAAGCGCUGCGUCAGAGACUUCUUAAGUCAGAAGCGAAUGGUUGCAUUUCUGCUGUUGGACAAUCCUGAAGAAUCUGUCGUUGAUCAAUUGGUGGCGACGUUCGUGGAUGAAGGCGACAAGAGUGGGCUCAAGAUGGCAAAGUACAUGGAUUCUUUCCCUUUCCCAUACUACAUUGUGCUGAGAGACAUCGAAGCUCUUCCAAGAACCCUCGCAGAUCUACUAAGACAGUGGUUCGAGAUUAUGCAGUCCUUCAAGGAGUAGAUUGUUCGUGGGGGUCUAGCUGGUGGGAAUUGCGAAGGGAGGUCUUUGGUUAUAAAGUAUAGGGCACCUUCUCUUCUUUCAUUCUUUAUCGCUGAUAUCGAGUGUAAUUAGGCAGCCAAUCGUAAGAUAAACUUGUAUGGUUUGCCUUUUUUGGUAGUGUAAAUAUUCCUACAUUCUAAAUGAGUAACGGAUUCCCUCUCCUUCAGCGAGGAAGUUUUGCUUCACUUUCAAAUGAGUGCUUUCGCGAAUCUCAUGAGAGACGGGAGGUGGGAUCAGCCGU